UCACGGGUUCCGGAACUAACACAGAGCGACAGUGAAAGUAAGAGCUAGCAAGACUGGUGAUCAGAUCAGAGAGUACUGUGAGUGUGAGUGAGAGAGAAAGUAAGAAAGCGGAGAGAGAUGGCGAGGUGGUGCGUAAUGCUGGUUGUUGCUCUAGCUGUAGUAGUUCAAAGCACUACAGCAAGAACUGUGCCCAGCGAUGCAGGCGCUGGCCUCGACGACCAGAAGAACUUCAUCUCAUACGGAGGGGUUGGCGGCUAUUCCGGACUGGGUAGCAAUGGACUCCCCUUUGGUGGCGUGGGCGGAGCUGCUGGGAUCGGCGGCGGCCUUGGUGGUGGUCUUGGAGGUGGUCUUGGAGGUGGUCUUGGCGGUGGUCUUGGCGGGCUCGGCGGAGUUGGCGGGUUGGGUGGGUUGGGUGGUACUGGUGGCUUGGGCGGGACCAUUGGUGGGGGUGUAGGCGGUGGCGCUGGUGGGGGUGUAGGCGGUGGCGUUGGUGGCGGUACCGGUGUUCUUCCAUAUCCUUGAAGUAUCGUACGUACGUAUGUGUGCAUGGGAUUUGUGUUAAUUAGCGUAUCAAAUGUUUGGCAGCGGUUAAUUAGCCUAUAGUUGUCGUGUGUGAUCAUUUUCUGUAAUUUGUUUUCCGUCUUUCUGGGCAGUGAGAUGUAAUUUGUAUUUGGUUAUGUUUGCUAAUUAAUGUCUUAGAAACCAGAAAUAAUAUUAAGAAAAAAUGUUCCCAUUUA